AUGGACCUGCUGCCAAUGAGAGCGCGGGGGCCGGGGGGGGGACGGGGGAGGACGGGGGGGGGGGGGGGGGGGGGGGGACGGGGGAGGACGGGGGAGGACGGGGGAGGACGGGGGGGACGGACGGGGGAGGACGGGGGAGGACGGGGGGGGGACGGGGGAGGACGGGGGAGGACGGGGGAGGACGGGGGGGAGGGGGAGGACGGGGGGGAGGGGGGGACGGGGGGGGGGCGGGGGGAGGACGGGGGGGGACGGGGGAGGACGGGGGAGGACGGGGGGGAGGGGGGGGACGGGGAGCUUUCAGACAAACCACAUCUCUGCUGGUUCAAUAUGCAGAUGAGAUGA